AUGCCUACCAGCGGCGCGGCUAGCAACGGCUCGGGCGUCGCCGAGCAGCAGCAGCAGCAGCAUCAACCUCUCAGAUCUGCUCUAAAAAACGAAGAUGACGCCGACAAGGCUCUUUCUGCCAACGGCUCCUCCAAAGCCGUCCAGAUCUCCGAACCUGCCACCGAGAGCUCGUUUGAUGACGACGUAUCCGUCAGACAGUUUCGUGCCGCUCACGGUCGCCGUCUGAGCGGCAAGCCAUCGCCAUCUCUGCGUCCCGCAGACGAACCGGGGUACCCCUCCCGCGAACACAGCCAUCGCCAGCAGUACUACGGCGAAAAGCUGCUGGCCCAGGUCGGCGAGUGGCUCGAGUGGGAGAAGAAGAAGAUUUCCAAUCGCAAGAAGAAGUCUCGGCCGCAUCCUACAUCCGGCAGUUCCCAGCCACACGACCCACCCCCGACGUCGUCGGAUUCCACCGCUCCCCCUCGCCGUCCCCGCUCCGACUCCCUCGACUCCCAGUCUAGCCACAUCUCCUUGGAGAAGCUGCAGCAGAUCCUCGAAGACUCGAUGUCAUCGAUGGGUCUAGGAUCUGCCGCCCAUCUCUCUUCCAAGGUCUCACGCUCGCGACGAAAGCGCAUGGGCUCCUUGCAGCGCGCCGCCUCGUCCGACACCGAUUACCAUGACGGCGACGCCAUCGUCCCCGAUUGCGACGUAUGGCUCGACAACUCAAAGACGCUCGCCUAUGCGGCCGGAACCCCAUCCGACACCGGAGAUGACGACCGCUCCCAGCGUGACUACGAGGCAUGGGUAGCCUUCAAGAACGAGAUCCUGCGCGCUGCCCAUACCCUGAGGCUCAAGGGCUGGCGUCGUGUCCCCCUCGAGACCGGCGAGACCAUGGACGUCCAGCGCCUCAGCGGCGCCCUCACCAACGCCGUCUACGUCCUCACACCGCCUGCCGAUAUCCCCCACCAGGAGGGGAAACCCCGCCCGCAAAAGGUUCUGCUGCGCAUCUACGGCCCCCAGGUCGAGAACCUCAUCGAUCGCGAGAACGAGCUCAAGGUCUUGCAGCGCCUCGCGCGCAAGAAGAUCGGCCCGCGCCUGCUGGGAACCUUCCGCAACGGCCGCUUCGAGCAGUUCUUCAACGCUUCGCCCCUCACCCCCAGCGACCUCCGUGACCCCGAAGUCUCCAGGCAGAUUGCCAAGCGCAUGAGGGAACUCCAUCAAGGUAUAGAAUUGCUGCCGCAGGAGAGGGAGGCUGGCCCUUGUGUCUGGAAGAAUUGGGACCAGUGGCUGGAUAAUGUCGGCAGCAUCGUCCCGGCCCUGGACAAGCAGUUCGAAGCAGCUGCUGCUGACGGCAGCGGCCAACGCCGCGAUUCGGCUACCAGUUCGUGGAAGGCCAACGGAUACGUCUGCGGAGUGCCUUGGACGCAGUUCAAGGACGUUGUGCACCGGUACAGGGCCCACCUAGAUAAUUACUACAAGGACAGGGGAGGCCUCAACGAAUCCCUCUUAUUUGCCCACAACGAUACACAAUACGGAAACAUUCUCCGCUUCCAACCCGACGACGAAAAGUCGCCAUUACUCCAGCCGGCUAACAAGCACAAGCAGCUCAUAGUCAUUGACUUCGAAUACGCCGGCGCCAAUAUGCUCGGUCAGGAGUUUGCCAACCACUUCACUGAGUGGACCUACAACUACCACGACGUCAAGACACCCUGGGCUUGCACCCCGGCGGGGUACCCUACUCUGGAGGAGCAGCGCCGCUUCGUCAAGGCCUACAUCGAACACCGCCCUCACUUCCACCCCACAGGCGGCUCCACGCCCCGACUGGCUCCCCAGGAUAGCAACACCACCACCCCCGGCGCUGCCACGCCUGCCCAGCAACCGCAGCCGCCCCAGGUACAGCACACUACAUCGAGCAGCUCCAUCGUAGAUUUCAUGCUCGACUCGCGGGCCCCGCCCGGCGGGUGGGGUGCUGUCGAGAAGGCUGAGGAGGAGAAGACGGAGAAGGAGAUCCGCCAGCUCCUAGACGAGACGAGGAUGUGGAGGCCUGCCAACAGCGCCAUGUGGGUUGCCUGGGGUGUCGUGCAGGCCAGGAUUGACGAGGUGACGGACGACGACGACAAAGACGACGGCGAGGCUCCCACCGACGAGUUCGACUAUCUCAGCUACGCGCAGGACAGGGCGGCCUUUUUCUGGGGUGACAUGGUUCAGAUGGGACUCGUCAAGCCUGAGGAGCUUCCCGAAUCGCUGAGGGCGAAGCUCAAGAUUGUGGAUCACUAG